UAAACUUUGACCGAGAACGUUGGAUUCCCUCUUUCGAUUCUUCGUUUUGCCCGGAGUAUUGCUUAUUAAUUCUAAGAGUCAGUUUUUUAAGUUUUUAAGAUGACCAGUAACAAUCAGUCAAAUUUUCCACACAAAGGGAAUAAUUCCCUUAUUGUGGAAGAGCUAAAGGCGACUAAAAUUGAGAUGUCAGCCGCUUUCAAGCGCAUUGAAGCAUUAGAGAAAUUGAUGAAGGACAUGAGAGUUGAUGAAGCUACACCCUCUACAAGUGUUCCAGUUCCAGAUCUAUCGUCUUGUCAUAGCUGUGGUAUCUCUCUGGUAACUGGGGCAUUAUAUUGCCACAAGUGUGGAACAGAAGUGACCAGCAGUGACAUUGUAAAGAUAAAUAUUGGGCUGGUGCGUAUUGGUAAGAAUAAGAAGCUGACCUACAAGCGAAAUACCAUCAUGCCUAUUCCAAUUAACAAAAAUUCCUCACACUUGGAAGUGACGAAUAAGGGCAAGGAGCUUCUCCUUGUCCACAACAAAGAUUUUAGUCAAUUCCAAGAAGAGGAGUGGGUGCUUUUGUACCAUGAUAUGGCCAAAGUUGGUUGCCUUCCGGGUACAAGUGAGCCCUUUACAGUUGCUGGCUACCAAAAGUUCAUUGGCAAAGAGUUCCGCAGCAUUACCCUCUAUAUUUGUAGGAAGGUUGACUUUGAAGUUGCAGAAACUAAAACGACGCCAAACAUCCCUAACGCCUGAGGAAAGACAGACAGAAAGGCAAAGCUGUUCAUAAAACCUGAAUGAGCUCAGACUAAACAGAUGAUGAUGGGGUCAUCCUAAAUAAAAAACUAAGCUGGCGCUUUGAAAACCUUGGGGUCUUCUACAAGCAGCUAGAUGCAAGGCAUGAAGGGACACUGAAUACUAUUCAGAGGCGCAUGUUCGCUCCGGUGGCAGACUAUGGGGCUGUCAGUGAACGAACCACAGAAGGUGUCCCUGAGGCUCUGCGUGGCUGGAUCACUGAAAACCCUGGUCUCUAGCUUCCUUAUUGUAAUAGCAUUUAGAGUCCCUUGUGUCUUGCAUCUUGUUGCCAAGAUUCGAUACUAUGCACUUUGCACUUUUUAUAUUGCUUUUUCUAUCGCACAAUGAUAAUUAUGGUUAUUUGAUAUCCCAAUUGGUUAGAAUAAGAUCUUCACAAAAAUAAAUACGUUUUAACGUC